ACACCUGUCAGUGCAGGUGGAGAGAGUGACUGCUGGAUAUCUGAGCCUGGAGGUUUCACCGCAGGGCUCCUCUUUAACUCUUUGGACUGUUUUCUUAGUUUAACUAUCAAGACUUUGUGCAUUUGUGUUUUAUUUAAUAUUUGUGUUUUGGACAUAACUGAACUUUGAUCUGAAGUGUUAGUAUUGCUGCUGCUACCAGUGGAUUUGUUCAAUGGUUACUGAAUCCCAGGUGUUUUUGAAGGAGUGAAAACUAUUGGAGGAGGAAAGUUCUCAUCCCAGGCGUUUCUUCUGGGACUGGAUUUAAGGGGUUUGGUGUUGUUGUGACUGUUUCUGAGACGGCCAUUGUCAGAUAAGCUGAGUGAUCAUGGCAGACUUCCCGUCCAAGGUUACCACGGAAACCAGCUCCCCCAACUCCCAGAGCUCUCAGCAGGGGGGCAACAGCCUCUCAGGGCUGACCGCUAACAUGACCAACAGGAUGGACAUUUCCUUUAUCCGAAGCAUCCCGGCCAUCCUCAUGUUGGUUGAAAUAAUUUCUGGGCUGCUCCAGUGGGCGCUGAUAGCCAGCGCCCCCUACACGGUGUUGCCAGUGUAUGGCUGGGUGAUGUUUGUGGCUGUCACUCUGUGGAUCCUCACCACCAUCCUCUUCUUCAUGAUCCUGUUCGGCGCCCAGCAAAUACUCACCUCCAUCCCCUGGCCUCUGACAGUGAUGACGUAUCACGCGACAGCCGCCGGCCUCUAUCUAUUCGCCUUCACGGCCAACGCAGCAUCUGUGCACGCCUUCUACUUCACCUAUUACUACGGACGUAUGGCAGCUGCCGCUUUCUUUGGUGCUGUGGCAGCCGUGGCGUACGGUGGAAGCGCCUACCUCUCCUAUAUGGACUGGAAGGGAGACGGAGGAAAUGCUGCCACCAACACAGUGCCGACCUAGGACUCAAACCUGUGAUGCUGAUCCUGGAAAAAGACUCCUCAUGUUUAAGAUACUGUAGUUAUUUGGAUAGUCAGCCAUCGACACAGGUGAUAGUUGAGUAUCACUGCUGACUCCAGUAACCCAAAUCCUGGCCUCUUCUUAACCCCAGUAUUAACAAUAAGAUGAAACCUAAUUCAGACAGAAGAUAUCCUCUAUUAUAUUACUUUUCAAUCAAACUCUUUAAACUUCUUUUACCUUCAUGUUAUGAAAAUAAAUUAUAUAUCACCACUGGAUUAUCCACACAAAAUGUACUGUAUCUCUUUAAAGUGCUUUUUUAGACGGCACUGAGGUCUUAACUUCAGGCUUUCUUGUUAUAAUACAGUUAUUAAUACUAUUGUCAAUACACAAAUAAAGCCGUGCCUCGAAGUCUUAGUAAUACCAUGGGUUAUUGGCAUGAUAACACCGCCGAGUUGUUUUAAAAAUAUACACAAGAUGCCUUACUAUGCACUUGAAGCAGUAAUAUUUUGGAAAACGCCCAGAACUGCCCUCUUGACAAAAGUUAAAUGGAUUGACAUCACUCUCAUGUCUGUACAAUAAAUGUGAGGUUACUGACAGCAGAUAGUUAGCUUAGCUUAGAAUGAUGACUGGACACAAGGGGAAACAGCUAACUUGGCCGUCUUGGCUGUUUCCCCGUUUCCAGUCUAUGUGCUAACCUGUGCUAACUUGCUGCCAGCUGUAGCUUCAUAUUAAACACACAGACAUGAGUGUGGUGUCACAUGUCUCAUCUAACCCUUAGCAUGAAAGCAGAUAACUUAAUUUACCCACAUCUCAAACUAUCCCCUUAAAGCUGGCAUGUCCAAAGUUUGGACUGGGGGCCAAUCUUGGCCUUCGGGCCUGUUGUUCAAAAUAUACUGUGGUCCCACACAUUAUUGGUUAAUCAAGCAACAUCACUUAGCAUUUUUUCCACUAACCUCAAGAUGGCAGAACUAUCAUACAGUUUGUAGACUUUCAUCAAGUAGGAAAUACGCAAGUAGAGCGUUUCAUGAACACAUGGUGAACAUGCAAACAAAUGGUUACCUAACAGCAGACAUUUCCUGCUGGGUAGCAGACAUGGCCACAGCAAAGUAGAGGUGUAAGAAAAUAUGGAUACAUUUGAGUAUUGCAAUUUUAUGUUUUGUGACACAUUGUUUUGUAGUAUCAAUGUUAAUGAAUAGUUUAUGUGUGUUCUUUUUAAUCGCCGAACAGCUAGAUAGCAGUGCUGUAAUCUGUCUUCAGUCACAUGACUCUCCCACUCCAAUGUCAAAACACACUGCUAGUGUGUUACAGAGGUGAUAGUAAAAACAGAUCCUACUCUUCUGAUUGCAUUAAAAAAGUAAACUUUCUCCGCUCAGUUUUUAUGCAUAUGAUGGGGCGUUCGUUGUGACAGAUUUCCUUAAAAUUAGAUUUAGAAAAUAUCGCAAUACACCACUUUGCUUACAGUAUCGAAAUAAAUCCCAGUAUAUUAAAUUUCAACCUAUGUGUUAUGAUAUAAUUUUUUUGCCAUAUUUUUUGCCACUACGCAGCCUUGUAGCAAAGAAGUGUGAAGUCACCAGUAAGUGGCGGGAAGUUAAAUUCUUCUCCACUGAAAGAUGAAAUAAUUGCAUUUGUCUGAUUUGUAUGGUAUUGUUUUAUUUUUUUAUUUUUACUUAUAACCCAUAUGAUGACCUAUGAUCCAGGUAUUUUCACAUUAUCUAAUCUGGCCCCCAUUUAAAAAAGUUUGGACACCCCUGCUUUAAAGGAAGGUCACCCAACAAUGGAGGAAGACUUUACAAUGCAAAUAAAUAAAUAAAUAAAUAAAUAAAUAAACCGAUUUGAACUCCAGAGUAAAUAGUUACUUGAUUAUAUUCUGAAUGACAUAGUCCGCUGCUCUACAAAAUCUUGAUAGUUAAAGAACAUAGCAAAAUAUAGAAAUGUUUUAUACUGUGGGAUCAAUUUUGAUGACCUCGAAAUAUCAAUAUUAUUGUACACAGCUCUCAACAUGAGUCCCUGUCAGUCAUUGAUGUAAAGAUCAGAUUUGCACCAUGAAGUGUAAACUGGAAUUUGAGGGAAAGCCCUGUUUUCAAAAUCUUACUUAACACAAAAUUGACCAAACUGUGAUUAAACAUUUAAACAUUUCUUCCAGUGUGUAGUACCAUGAUGUAAAAAACAAAGAUACAUAAUUACUGAAACUCUUUAUUUAGUAUUUCUUGUUUACAGAGUUGUUGUUGCUCAUAUUAGGAUGUUGCUCUAACACCCUAACACGGCAGUGCAGACGGUGUGAAGAAUGACUGUAUGCAUUGCAUCUGUCCUGUAGAAAUCCAUUCAGAUUUUUUUCUUUCCUGGAUAUCUCAUGUUGAAACUUUAAUUCUCUAUAGACCAACUCAGCGCACUGGUAACAACUUGAAAACUGCACAUAGAAAAAUUGACUUUUUUAAUCACGUGCUAUAAAGAUACAGGGUUUCUGCAGGACAUUAGUGACUCUUUAAUGAUUCAAAUAUUGCUCUGUGAAAGCUCACAGAGCUUUGUAACAUAUUUCUUUGACUUUCACAAUACAGUGCUCAACUCCUGUUGUAUGUGCCUUUAUGAAAUAUGCUGUGUCUUUUUUGUACCAAGAACCAUGAAUACUAGAGAAAUAGUGUGGUGAGUGCCGGGGCUUGAGCAUGCAGUUGUUCAAAUAAAGCACAUGGUGAUUAUAA